GCUGGAUUAGUUCCACAUGGUCGUUCAAUCGCGCGCACACGACGAGAUCACUAGGUGAUAAUAUCAAACAGGUUUGAAAAUAUCGUAGCGUCUGGGAUAGCUCGAGACAGGUCCUGAUCACGCUGCACACCUGCUUAUACUUAACGAGCUUCGGCGACCGAAACGAGCACCGAUUUGGUCGCGAUCUGAAGGUUUUGUCCCAGACCUUGGAAAUCUGUCUGCGACAGCAAAAUCCAGUCACGUAGUGUGAGCUUGCCAUUAAGUGCCAGCCUUGCAUCCAAACCCAACACUAAUAUGUUGUUUGUUUUCUAAAAGGGCUUUGAUUUAAGCAUGGUUUAAUUUAAGCUCUCAAAAUCCUGGAUAUGGUUCACGCCCACCUCCCCAGCUGAUGGCUCCUGUUGCUCUGACGCCCCAUCCACGCUACGAGCGACGCGUCCAAACUUCACCGCUUAAAUUUCGAUUACACAAACCUGCAAGACUGUCACUGGUCCUCAACGAAAAGGUGACAACCUACCCAAAAUUACAAUAGUCGUAAAUUUUGUUGGCAGUUUAGGGGUGGCGUGACGCUAUCCACAGCUGAUUCGGGAACGUCAGUGGAAGCUGCGCUCAGCUCGCGAGCCUGAUUCCUUGUUUAGACACGAGCUCAUCUGACACCUGUGUGCUCCAUCGCAUCGCAUCCCGUCCACGUUUGAUUUUUUUCCUUUUAAUUCAGCGUGUCAUCCUAUUACAUUGCAAUUUCUCGACGUGUCUGCACGAGCAGUCGAUGUUAGUGAUGAGCAACGCAAAGAGAUUGAUCAUUGUUAAAAGGGCCCUUUGAAUAGCCCUUUAGGAGGCAGAUUAAAGUCCACCAUGAUGUGCAGCUGUUCUGGAUGCUAAAUGAAGAAAAAUAUCAGAAUAGUUUAUCAGAUUCAUGACCACAUUCAAGGAGCAUUAACAUGGGAUGUGGCACAUCCAUUGCCGUUGAGAACCAAACACGACCCUCAGAGACGGAUCGCUCUGUCAAGCAACACAGCCCAGCUCUGACUAUAAAAGCUGCCAUACUGAUCCAACGCUGGUACAGACGGUAUGUUGCUCGUCUGGAGAUGAGAAGACGCUACACAUGGAACAUCUUCCAGUCCAUUGAGUAUGCAGGUGAACAGGACCAGCUACAGCUGUCCAGUUUCUUCAGUUUCAUGUUGGACAACUUCACACAGAUGAAUGGAAACGGACCAGACUUGAUCUCUCACCUUUUGGACUCUGUGGUCGACCCUUUAACUGAGGAGGUCAGGCAACUGAAGUACGAGCAGAUCGUUGUGCCGGAGUCGUACAGCGGCCCUCGUAUCUCCUUCCCGCUGAGCGUGACCGAUACCAAUGCCCUGCUUAGUGCCUUCAAAGAGGAGCAGACUCUCCAUGGAAAAUAUGUGCUGCAGUUGCUAUAUGAAACAAAGAAGUUCUUAAAACAGAUGCCGAAUGUCAUAUACCUGUCGACGUCCUAUGCAAAAGAAAUUACUAUCUGUGGCGAUCUUCAUGGUAGACUGGAUGACUUACUGCUUAUAUUUUACAAGAAUGGUCUGCCGUCUGCUGAGAAUCCCUACAUAUUCAAUGGAGACUUUGUGGAUCGAGGAAAGAAAUCUAUAGAGAUUAUCAUCAUCCUUUUUGCCUUCCUGCUGCUCUACCCAGACCACAUGCAUCUGAACAGAGGAAACCAUGAGGACCACAUCAUGAACCUCAGAUAUGGAUUUACAAGAGAAGUCAUGCAGAAGUACAAGACACAUGGCAGGGAAAUCCUACAACUUCUACAAGAUGUGUUCAGCUUACUCCCUCUGGCAACUGUCAUCGAUAACAAAGUCCUCAUAGUUCACGGUGGCAUAUCAGAUAAAACUGAUCUGGACUUUCUGAGCACUGUUGAAAGACAUAAAGUAAAAUCUGCUCUCAGGCUGCCCAAACGCAGCGUGGAUCAUCCCAACGUUCGCUCCUGCAGUCGCAGCAGCAGCAGACAGCGCAGCAGGUCCAGGCUGGGCAGCCCCUCAUCCAAUGGCCGAAGCAGUCGCACCUCCCGCAGGACGAAGAAGCAUUUCACCAAACAGGGGAGCUGCUCCUCAUCUUCAUCAUCCUCUUCUUCCUCUUCAUCAUCAAUAAAUAUUCCUCGCAGACCUCUACCAUCUCCCAGUCUUCUGAGUCCAUCAGACGUGCUUCAGGUGCCUUUCCUGGACUCAUUCGUGUCUCUUGAACCACCAGAGCCACCCAGAGAGGAGCUGGAAUGGAAACAAAUUGUGGACAUCCUCUGGAGUGACCCUAAAAGUCAAAAUGGCUGUUGUCCAAACUCUUUCCGUGGCGGAGGCUGUUACUUUGGACCAGACGUGACUCAAACGCUUCUGCAGAAACACGGCCUCUGUCUGCUCAUCAGAUCACAUGAGUGUAAACAAGAGGGCUAUGAGCUCUGCCACGAUGGACAGGUUAUCACAAUUUUCUCAGCAUCUAACUACUACGAAGAAGGCAGUAACCGUGGGGCGUACAUCAAACUGGGCCCUGAGCUGGUCCCUCGUUUCUUCCAGUAUCAAGUCAGCCGCAGCACCAGAAAACUCACCCUACACCAGAGGGUUCGCGCAGCUGAGGGAUCAGCACUUAGAGCUUUGAAAGAGAAGCUCUAUGCUCACCGCUCAGAGCUGGUGGCUGCUUUUCAACAGUAUGACAUAGACAACACAGGCCGCAUCUCUGUUAGUGAAUGGGCCCUGGUGGUUGAGUCUAUUCUGCGGAUGGAUCUGCCGUGGAGAACCCUACGCCCUCGUCUGGCCCGUCUUGGGCCGGAUGGUGACGUGGAGUAUGAAUCCUGCUUUGAGGACAUCAGCCCUGGAGAACCCAUCCCUCCGGUGACUCCGAAUUUGGCUGAAACUCUUUAUAGGUAUAGAACUGACCUGGAGAUCAUAUUCAACAUCAUCGAUAAGGACCAUUCAGGUAAGAUCUCCAUCGAGGAGUUCCGUCACACCUGGAAGCUCUUCAGUUCUCAUUUGGGAGUGGCUGUGAAUGACCAGACGAUAGACGACAUGGCUAGAAGCAUCGACUUCAACAAAGACGGCAGUAUUGAUUUUAAUGAGUUCCUGGAGGCUUUCAGGGUUGUGCAUAAACUGGAUGUCAAAGAGCAACAGCAGGGUUAAUUCUGGAUGAGCAGCCCACAAGACAGAUUACAAAUCAUCAUCGUUAUUUUUUUAUGAUAAAGUCUUAUGGACAUGAUAAGCAGUUACUCAUUGCAUGAUUUUCCAGGAUUUCCAUUUUUCGUAAAGGUAAUAAGUAGCUUGUGAUUUUUUUCUUUAUGAGUCAUUACGGUUUUAUAUCGUACUGUAUGGCUUUACCUGGCUUGUUUUCAUCUUUUGCAUUAUUUAUUGAUUUGUACAUUGAAUACACAAAAUUCUUUGGUUGCUUUCAUCUGUUAAUCGCCUUAACAAUCCUAACCCUGUGUCUGUCUCCUCCCCUUUCCCUCUCUCUCCUUCUCUCAUCCCUGAAUUCCUUCUGCUCCAGACUCUCUCUAGUGUCAGUAUGCCUGAUCUUUAUCAUACUCUGGGUUUCAACAGCUUCUUUUAUACAGUUAUAUACUUGCUCGAUAAUGUGGAGAGGUUUGCUGCAGUUUGUGUUUUUGAUCCAGCUCUGGACAUUAACUCCAGGCUUUGCCGAUAACGGCUGCAGUGGUUUUGGGAACUUGGAAAACGGACAAACGUUUUUCCGCGUCGGGAUGUCCCAGCCCUGGUAAUCUUCUGCAUGGCAGUAGUG